CUCUUCUCUCUUCUCUCUUCUCUCAUCUUCUUAUUCCCUUUCCUCUUCUCCCUCCAAGCUUCCAUCAUCCUACUUCAUACCAAGCACACACCUAUAUUCGACAUUGACAGCCAGCGUUCACCCACCAUACAGAUUCCAUUCCCUCCUAUCCGUCCGCCGUCUACCAUCAUGCCGAGUACCGUCGUGCCAGUCCUCGGCCCAGAUGUGGCCCCCAUCGAUGGCCUCGAGGACCUCAUCGUUCAUCUCGACAAGCUCGUGGCUGAUCCCGAAACAAAGAUGGAUCCCAGGCUCUUCGAUUCCGUCGAGCUUCAGUUGGCAGAAUCCAAUAUCCCGCCUCUCCUCCCCUGCCUCCUCCCCAAACUCACCGAAGUGCUCAAAACCACCCCCCACGACCCGGCCGUCCCCGUCGCCCUAACCAUCAAGCUCCUCGGCCCCGUCUCCUUCCCCCAGACCCUCGCCCUCGCCGAUGAAGACUCCCUUAUCGCCGCCCUCUCCUCCCCCGCCCCGUCCGCCAAGGCCCUCGCCAUGACCAUUCUCCACAAAGCCGCCGCCUCCCCCUCCGACGUCGCCCACCUGGCCGCCAUGCCCACCCUGCUCUCCCACUUCCUCCACACCUGGCUCGCCACCCCGCAGGUCGAAAUCGGCGAGAAAGGCUCCCGCGUGCUCGGCGACCUGCUCGACACCGACGCCACCUCCGAACCCCUCCACCGACCCUCCGCCGGCGCCGGCCCCAUCACCAUCGACGGCGUCACCUGGGUCAACGGCACCUCCAAUAGAUCCAAUAACAACAACGCCACCGAGGCGAGGCACCUGCGCCCUCGCGGCACCGGCGCCCUUUGGAACCGCCUGUUUCACGACCCAACCCUCUACACCCACCUCUACGCCCUGCCCCGGGGGAAGGACACCCUCCCGGGAGCCCCCGGCCACCUGUCCGCCCACCAAACCACCCUCGCCCAGGGCCGCAUCCUGCGCAUCCUCCCCCGCCUGGCCGCCCUCGACUUUCGCGCCGUCACCCAACCUCCCCAGCCGACCCUGCCUUCCCCCCCAGCCGAAGUGGAGGUAGACACCAGUAUUGGUCUUUUACAGUUCGCCGCCUUGCGCAUGGUAGACAAGGAAGACGUCCUCAUGCACCGCAACCUCGUCCAUUUCUUCGACGGCCUGCUCAGCCUCCUCCGCCUACGCGCCGACAUGGAUGGUCCCGAGAAGGACCUCAUCGUGCGCACCGCGUCUGCCAUCCUGGCCGAGGCCACCGCGGACGAUCCCGCCCUGCGAGACGCGCUGAGGAGUCUACCCGAGAGGACCGUGCCGGAGGAGGCGGACGGGCUGCGUGCUUUUGUCGAGCUGGUUCUGUCGUAGGUUGUUGAUUUGUUCGUGCCUUUCUUUUCGCGUUCAUCUCACCACGGCGCAAGAAGCAAGGAUGGGGACUAUGGCGAGGUGCUUCCGGAUAUGAACCAAGGC